UUAUUACUGACAAAAUAGAGAUGUAAACGAUUUACACAUGAAGCUCAAUGCAUUUAUAUUCAGCAAUGCUAACCAAUGAUAAUUUUUUAUUCAGGACGCCCGUCUGUUCCUCGUACUACUCCACCCCCACCGCCACCAACUCAGGUGCCGACAUUUACUCCUAAACCAGUUGUCCUUUACCCGCUAAACAAGCGAUACCGAGGAAUGGAAAAGCUGGGCCGCAAUCCUCCCGCUAUUCUGAAUGGCGUACGGCUUGCACGUGGACCUGACAAACGACCUGGCCGCGCAUACCAGUUCACCGGUAAACCCAACAGCUUUAUCAAGAUCCCUAAUAAGGGAAGAAUGGACACCAUGAAGGCCAUAACGGUCCUUAUUUGGGCACUACCCAAAAACCGUAUGGGCCCCAUUGUUCAGUUCGCGGGUAAAGGUUCAGCCGUGAGACUUUGGAUGAUGAGAAGAAACAUGGUGUUUGCAGAGUUUGUGACCAGGCAGUCACGUGAAACCAAACCAUAUCUGGCUAGCGUUGACGGCGUUAUACCGUGGAAAUGGAAUCACUUUGGAAUGUCUUACGACAAGGCCUCUGGUGUAGCUACUCUGUUUGUGAACAGUAAGCCAGUCGUGCGUAAGAAGAUUGGUUAUUUCGAUCUAUCAACCAAUCACGAUGUGUACCUGGGAGCGAGGCCAGGCGAAAAGCACGCCUUCCGUGGUCGAGUUUCGUGUUUACAGUUCUUCGACAAAGCUCUCACAAGUCACCAGGUUAGGAAGAUGGAGAAGAAAUGUCUCAGAGCACCUGGUGUUCAGCCGUCUAUUCAACCAACCGUGAAACCUCCAAACCGACCGAAGCCGAAACCUUGUCAUAAAGUGGUUGCAGUUUACCCGCUGACUGCACAAGAUCAAGGGCGGGACAUUAGCCAUAAACCAAACCGACCCGCGAGGUUAAGGGGAGUUUAUCCUGCACCUGGACCGGACGGUCAACCCAGGACAGCCUAUCGUUUCAAAGGAAGACGUAACAGCUUUAUUGAGUUCCCGAAUAGAGGUCCUUUGGAUACAAAGAACUCUAUCACCUUACUGGCGUGGAUUUAUCCCCAAGGGAAACCUGGACCCAUCGCAAACUAUCAUCCAAACGGAUGGGGUGUACAUUUUUGGCUCGAAACGCCAAGAACUUUGAUGGCCCGUUUUACGCGGCGUGGAAAACGCGGCAGACGAAGGCGGCGCUACACGGUGGCUUUACGAAGCAAACGGAUCCGACUGAAUCGUUGGCAAUUUGUUGGUUGCAGCUACGACAGGAAAACAGGAACGGCAAAAUUGUGGAUCAACAACUAUAAAGUGGCACGAAAGUACAUCGGAAGGAUUCGGUUAGCCACGAAUUAUCCAAUAAGAAUGGGAGAAAAGAUCGGAGAUAAGCGCCGAUAUUCUGGACGAAUCUCUUGCUUCCAAGUGUUUAACUAUGCGCUAACCCAAAGGGAGAUAAGAGGAAGGCAGAGGACUUGCUUUAAACAACCUAAAGGCCCUCUUCGACCACGCCCAUUAACUGGACGGCCAGUUUAUCUUCCCAGACCAGUGGCAUUCUUCCCAUUGAACAAAGGUGCCAGAGGAAGGGACCUCAGAAACAGGAGCCCGACAGGAAGGCUCAAUCAUGUUCGUGCAGCUCCAGGUCCUCUCGGCCGACCAGGCGGGUCGAUUCAAUUUCUCGGCAAACGGACAAGUUAUGUUCAGUUUCCUAACAGACGCGGGGGUGCACUCGAUACGUCAUACUCCAUGACGGUGUUGGCAUGGAUUUAUCCAGAAGGUACCGCAGGGCCCUUAUUUAACUACCAUCCCAGCGCCCGCGGAGUCCAUCUCUGGUUGAAAAGUCCGAGAACGUUAUUUGCCCGCUUUAUGCGUCGAAAGGGUAGAAAAUACACUGCAUCUGUGAAAAGCAGAUCCAUACAGCUAAGAAAAUGGCAAUUUGUUGGAACAAGUUACAACAGAAAUACUGGUACAGCAGUGCUGUGGAAAAAUGGAAAGAAGGUUGCCAAAAGAUUUAUCGGUCGAAUACGACUUGCAACUAACUAUCCAGUACGCAUGGGAGCUAGAUCUGGAGACAGACGCUACUUUAAGGGACGGGUUACUUGUCUGCAAGUCUAUUCGGUGGCACUAACUGCAGCGCAAGUGCGGCGUGCAGCUAAGAAAUGUUUCAAGGCAGCUCCACCUUCAGUUCGUCCGCGGCCAACCCUCAGACCAACACGGCCCACUGCUCCCAGACCAUCCUAUAACCCGGUCGCCGUCUACCCACUGAGUGCUGCCACUAAAGGACGGGACAUGAGCGCUCGCAAAAACCCUCGGGCCAUCCUCGGUAGUGUUCGUCCGGCUCCGGGCCCCGACGGAAAGAAAAGAAGUUCGUAUCAGUUCUUUGGCCGCCCGAACAGUUACAUACACCUUCCAAACAACGGUGCACUAGACACUGUGAAUUCCAUUACAGUAUCCCUAUGGGUGUACCCCCAAGGGCCAGGUCCGCUUGUUAAUUAUAACCCUAAUGGACAGGGAAUGCAGAUUUGGAUGGUCAGCCCGACGCAACUGUACGUCAGGUUUGUCCGACGCCGAGGACGCCGCCUAACCUCACCUCUCAUCUAUAGAAUAUACCGCAGAAGCUGGAAUUACGUGACAGCGGUAUACAAUCGAAGAACAGGCGUGGCGAGACUUUAUGUAAAUAAUCGACUGGUCAGACGAAAACUGAUCGGGAAGAUACGACUGGCCACCAAUUAUCCUGUUAGGCUUGGUGCCAAGAUAAAGGGUCACAGGGGUUUCAAAGGACGUUUGGCCUGUCUGCAGAUCUACAACACUGCUCUGACAGGAAGGCAAAUUGCUGUAAGAAAGAAGAUGUGCUACAGAACACGCGGUCCUCUUCCAGUGUCAUCUGCACCAAAACCAAUCAGACCAGCUUGCCAAAAGAGACUGGACAUAGCGUUCUUGUUGGAGAGCGGAAGAAUAAGCUCCAGUAACUUCCAGCGCACUCUUCGUUUCAUCAAGAGACUUGUUGUGUCAUUCCCGCGUGCCAGAGGAAGAAGAAGGAGUAUGCUAAGCGCCAUUAGCAGCGCUCCUUUCUUUAAAGGCGGGCCUCGAACCGGUGCCGCCCUCAUGUACGUCAAGACCAAUCUGUUUAGUGGUCGCUCGCGAGGCAGAAAAGUACUCUUUGUCAUAACACACGACAGGUCCUACGAUAAUGUUGUCUUCCCUGCAGCCUCCCUACGUCGUGUUGGCGUCGAAGUUAUCACUAUUGGUACCGGAAGAGCACCGAAUAUUGGACAACUGCGACAAAUGGCGGGAAAACGACCCGGUGCUGUGUUCACUUCAAGCUACAGAACUCUAAUGUCCAUUGCGAAAGCAGUUAAACGGAAAGCUUGUACAGGUCCCAGACCUUUUGUGAAGCCUCCGCCAGGAAUGUGUGCUCGUCCUGUAGACAUUGCCUUUAUAGUGGACGCCUCUGCAAAAGUUGGCAAAAAUUUCCUUCACAUUCGCAACUUUUUGAAACAAAUCGUGUCAUCAUUCUCUGUGUCUACCUCAAUCACUCGUUUUGGCAUGGUGGAAUUCAGCACUAAUCCCCGAAAAUUGUUCGACUUCAACCGCUUCACAAAUCAGGCAAAGUUAGUUAGUGUGCUGGGUCGUGUGCCGUACAUGAAGGGUGCUCCUUUGGCGGGAAAAGCGUUGAAAUAUGCCGCAGCAACACUCUUCUCACGCACCACAAGGCCGAAAGUUGCCAUAGUGAUCUCCACUGGCAAGUCACUUGACUCUGUCAUGGCUCCCGCGCGAAUGUUACGGCGUGCUGGCGUGACGUUAAUCGCGGUAGGUCUGGGUCGAAGUUUUAGUGUCACGCAACUGCGACAGAUGGCUACCACAAGGAGACACGUGUUUGCGUCACACUUUAAAACCGCGUACAACAUCGUCAGGUCGAUCAAGGAGAAAGCUUGCAAAGCUCCCAAAACUGUUCCUCGUCCUCUGCCAGGAAGACCUCGGCCAGGUGGAAUAAGUCCGUACAAAUAUGCUGGCGCUUACAAAGUUCCACCCCUCAAAUAUCUUGGCCGACCAAUUCGAAUUAAGAAUCCCAUAUACGGACGCAAGAUAUGCGAGCGAAUUGCCCGGCGAGAUCGUUUCCGAUCAUUUGCAGUGUUUGGUGGUCGUCUAUGUUUUCUCUCUCGCAGAGGCCCUCGUAAAUUUAUGGUCUCCGGUCGAACCAAGUCGAGGAGGCCUAGAACCUACAUUAAGGUCUACAUUAAACCCAGAGGUCGCAUCACGCCCAGACCACUUCGGCCAAGGCCUCGUCCCAGGCCAACAGUGAAACGUAAACCUCGACCAGUUAAAUUACCUUUGCCAAGGCCAAGGAGACCAGUUGGACUGAGAAGACCGAGGAAAAAACCAAGGCCGCCUCCAGGUAUGGCACUGUUUUACAGCAAAAAGGAUGCUUUGUUUUUGUACAAACCACUUCCUUUGUUGAUACCUGAGUGA